CUACAUUUUUCAGUACAAAAUUGAAAAUAUCUUCGGUUCCAAUUCAGAGAAGAUAAUGGCAGCCAGCCUCAAUCAUGUUUCUAGAGAAUCCCCUGAUAUCAAACGCCUCGCCAAUUUCUACAUUGAGAUAUUUGGAUUUGAGCAAGUGGAGAGUCCAAGAUUCGAUUUUGGGGUGAUAUGGUUGAAAUUAGGUUCAUCUCUGUUCCUGCACCUCAUAGAAAGGGAUCCAAAUUCGAAGCUUCCAGAAGGACCAUCGAGUGCCACGUCAGCAGUUUCAGACCCGAAGAAUCUCCCCCGAGGGCACCAUGUCUGUUUUUCCGUGCCCGAUUUCGACUCCUUUGUGCAGAGCCUCAAGGAUAAAGGAAUCGAGAUACACGAGAGGACGCAACCAGAUGGGAAAACGAAGCAAGCCUUCUUCUUCGACCCAGAUGGAAGGAUUGGAGGUAUCAAGCCAGCUUCCAUUCUUCUAAACCGCAACACUUUUAUGUUGCAAUAAAUAAAUAGUACUAGUAAAUAAUAUGUUAAAUAAUAUAGUUGUGAUUAUUAAGCAGUAUUUCGAAUUAUGUCGUUUGGUUUGUAGGAUGGGAUUAUGUGAAUUUGUUGAAUAAUCUCAAGAUUGUAUUUGUUCUAUUAAAAAAUAGUCGGAAAAAUACAGUUUUCAUCCCUAA